AGAGGAAAAAUAUAUAUAUCAAAACAUCAACUGCUUCUUCCUCUAAUUCCUAGAGAGAAAGACAAGAUCUUGGAGGAGAUUGGAAUUUUUCUUCUUUUUUAGUCUCAAUUUUCCCUGAGAAAGAACAUUGCUUUCUUCCCAGGAGAAAAGAAAAAAAAAAAAAAAUUCUUAAAAAUCCAAUCUUUUUCUCAUAAUUCUCUUGGUGUUUUCUGCUCUCCCUCGUUAUAUGUCUGAUAUAAUCAUCUUUUCUCCGUGUAUUUAAUCCAUUUUCAUGGGAAUUACAAUACCCACCAAUGUUUUUAUUUUUUCUUUCUUGAAGUGCAGACAUUUUCUGGGGAGUAUUUGAAGUCAUCUCCGCAGAUCUAUUGGGUAUAUAGAAUACAGAAAUAUUCUUCAGAGACAGAAGAGGGGCAUGGAUAAGUUACAGUGGGGGAGUAGGAAAAGACUGAGAUGUAUGAAGGUGAAGGAAUCGGUUUCAAAUGGGAAAUCUGAUGGGGGUGGGGGUGUGGUGAAGAGGAAAAUCACAUCUAGAGUUGUUGAUAAUAGCAAAGAGGCUAAUGUUGCUGCUGCUGCUUCAUCUCCUUGUCGUAUCAACAGGGAUCUGGGGACGAAUAGAUCUAAUGGAAACAACGAGAAUAAAAAGACAACAGCAUUGUCGCCAGAGAAAGAAGAUAGGUAUUACACGACGAGAGGAUCGGUAGGAUUGGAUGAGCAUAGCAAGUUAUUUAUGGACUCGAGGGAGGAGAAGAAGAAGGUGGUUUGGCCAAAACUGCUCGUCACACUAUCCAGUAAAGAAAAAGAAGAAGAUUUCAUGGCCAUGAAAGGUUGUAAACUUCCUCAGAGGCCUAAGAAGAGGGCAAAGUUGAUUCAAAGAACCAUUCUUUUGGUGACUCCAGGUACAUGGUUGUCAGAUUUGUGCCAAGAGAGGUAUGAAGUGAGGGAGAAGAAGACUUCCAAGAAGAAGCCAAGAGGGUUAAAGGCAAUGGGAAGCAUGGAAAGCGACUCGGAAUGAGAUUUGGGAGAAGAAAAGAUAAGAGGAGAGGGUGGAGAUGGAGAUUGAUUUGAUAUUUUCCCUUUUGGUAACUUGUAGUAGUGAUAGAUAGUGUUGAGGGGGUAGAAAUUUGGGCUGUGCUGUUCUAAUCUCAUUCCCAUUUUGAUGUUAAUACAGUUUCCAGAUUGUGUUUAUUUGUGCAUUUGCUUCCCUUGAUUUCAUGCUAUGUUAAAAAUUCACUGCAUUAUUUUAUGGCUUCUGCCUUUACAUUUCUUGA